UGUGGAAUUUAAAGUAGUUUUUGUUAAUUAAAAUGAGUAAACCAAGCUGUUAGGUUAGCGUUUAUAAUCGUAAUAAAAGUAUUGAGUGAGGGCUUAUCAAUAACUGUAAUUGCUAAGAACAUUCAAUUAUAUGAGAGUGCUUAGCAUUUUAGUGAACAGGUGACUCGAGAUUCGUUGCAGCCGUUUCUUACCGGCAAAUAAAUAAUUUAGAUAACUCAUUCGCGCUAUGAUUUUCACGAGAAAAACAUGGAAAUUGUUCAACAAUCGCCUGAAAUGUCUGACUGCUGUGCGACUGAAUAACCGCCGCUGUCUGCAGAGUGCCGCAAAUCCCGAUGGAGCAUCCGUGGAAGUCAAUUUCAGCAAUGGUCGAAAUAUGACCUUCAGCUCGGGAAAACUGGCGCGCUUUGCCAAUGGCACGGCUGUCUGCCAAAUGGGCGACACGGCGGUCAUGGUCACGGCUGUGGCCAAGGCGAAGGCAACUCCUGGCCAGAAUUUCAUGCCCCUCGUGGUUGACUAUCGACUGAAGAAUGCCGCCUCGGGACGCAUUCCCAUGAACUUCAUGCGACGAGAGCUGGGCCCCUCGGAGAAGGAGAUCUUGUCCGCCCGCCUCAUAGAUCGCUCCCUGCGUCCGCUCUUCAACAAGGACUAUCGCAAUGAGACACAACUCGUGUGCAACAUGCUGGCCAUGGAUGCCGUUCACUCUCCCGAUGUCCUGGCCAUCAAUGCGGCCUCCAUGGCGCUCUCACUGAGUGAUAUACCCUGGAAUGGACCCAUAGGAGCUGUGCGUGUUGGCCUUUGUGAUGGUGAGGUGCUUGUAAAUCCCACGCGACGAGAGCUGCAAUCCUCGCAGCUGGAUUUGGUGGUGUCGGCCACCAAGCAGAAUCUAGUGGUCAUGCUGGAGGGCAAGGGAAACGUAGUCCUGAUGCAGGAUCUGCUCAAGGCAAUCAAACAAGGAACACGCGAGGCACAAUUAAUCAUUCAUGAAAUUGAACGUCUGCAAAAAUCGUAUGGCCGAAAGAAAAGAAUUGUGGAUGAAGUGCCAGAACCGGAGCCAGAGUUGGUGCAGGCGGUGCGGAGCAUGUGCGAGAUGCGAUUGCGGGAGAUCUUCCAGGAUGAACAGCACGACAAGAUGUCUCGCGACAUGGCCGUUAACGAAGUGCGGGCGAAUGUCAUCGAUAAAGUGUGGUCCUCCUAUCCGGACAUAGAGCCUUCCAUCAUUGCCGAGGAGUUCAACAAGGCCUGCCGUCUAAUCUUUCGUGAGCUGAUCUUCGAGCGCAAUCGACGCUGUGAUGGUCGCGAUUACGACAGUCUGCGUAAGAUAAACUGCCAAGUGGAUAUGUACAAACCGCUGCACGGGUCGGCGUUGUUUCAGCGUGGACAGACGCAGGUCUUCUGCACGGUCAGUCUUGACUCUCCGGAGAGCGCCAUGAAGCUGGACACGCUGGCAGCUUUAGACAGUGGCGGCUUGAAGGCCAAGAACUUUAUGCUGCACUACGAAUUCCCGCCUUAUGCCACCGGAGAGGUGGGACGCAUUGGUCCACUUGGACGCCGUGAGCUGGGACAUGGUGCCUUGGCGGAGCGAUCCUUGCUGCCCACACUGCCUCACGAUUAUCCCUUUACGGUGCGCUUGACAUCGGAGGUGCUGGAGUCAAAUGGUUCCAGCAGCAUGGCGAGCGUUUGUGGAGGAUCGCUGGCACUCAUGGAUGCGGGUGUUCCAGUAACUGCACCUGCCGCGGGAGUGGCCAUUGGACUGGUUACCAAGUACGAGAAUAAUGAUACGAAGCAUCUGCAGGAUUAUCGCAUAUUGACAGACAUACUGGGCAUAGAGGAUUACAUGGGCGAUAUGGACAUGAAGGUAGCUGGCACACGCAAAGGCUUCACUGCGAUUCAAGCGGAUCUCAAGAUACCAGGCAUACCUCUAAAGGUGGUCAUGGAGUCUCUGCAGAAAGCCACGGAUGCCAAGUCCAAAAUACUUGAUAUUAUGGGCGAGGCCAUCAGGGAGCCACGCAAAUACCGCAAGGACUGUUGGCCAGUCAGCGAAAGUCUGAACGUGGAGCCGCAUCAACGCUCGCAGCUCAUCGGUCCCAGUGGACUGCACAUGAAGCGCAUCUAUCUGGAAACGGGAACCACGUUGACCGCUGCCGACGACAACAGUUUUACAGUCUUUGCGCCUUCCCAGGCGGCCAUGGAUGAGGCGAAGGAGCUGAUCGAUGGUUACAUGAUCAGAGAACGUGUGCCUAAUUUGGAAUUCGGUGGAAUAUAUACUGCCAAAAUUACUGAACUGAGAGAUACGGGUGUCAUGGUCAUUUUAUAUCCCAGCAUGCCGCCCGCGUUGCUUCACAAUUCGCAGCUGGAUCAGCGCAAGAUUGCACAUCCUUCAGCGCUGAACCUGGAAGUUGGCCAGGAAAUUCAAGUGAAAUACUUUGGCCGUGAUCCUGUCUCGGGUUUCAUGCGUCUGUCCCGCAAAGUGCUUCAGGGUCCAGCAGUUGGCAUCACAAGGAGUCAUAACAAAUCUUCACCAGCUGAAGAGUCCUCCUCGUGAGUUCGGAGGAUUAUCUCGUGCAGUUGCAUAGUUUCUCUUGUUAAUACUUUGUUUUUUUAGACAUGCAAUUGUAUAUUUUGUAGGUUUGUUUGUGUAUAUUAAACAAAGUAUCUUUAAUAUGAAAUGUGUAAAAUAGUUUGUUGAAAAUACAUUUUAAUGUACAAUU